CUCUUUGUCCCGCUGCUUGAGCGCCUGAGCGCCACUGCUGAGCCGUCCCCAGCGCGCUGCCCAGCGCUCUAGGCCUGAUAGCAACGGCAACGGUGGCACCUACUCAUCUAAUCCCCUCCACCAUCCGAGGGGGCAGGUGCUGUUGUCAUUAUUGUUGCCAUUCACGCGAACGAAACUGAGGCCCCAGAGAGGUAGUGACAUAUCCAAGGUGAAGCUACUAGUAAAUGGCAGAACACUCUUCCUUGUGAGACUGAUUAAUUUGAAUUUGAUGGUGACUCUUUCCCAACCCCCUUCGACUUGUAGUUAUAAAGGAAGCUUUCCAUCCCUAAUGCCCAUAUGUUCGGCUGUGACUGGAAGAAUCUCACAUUCUUCCAUGACCCCAGUGGGCCAGGCCCAUGUAGGGGCUCUGCCUGCAUGGAGAACACAGUCUAGUGGAGACACAGAUGAAUACAUCAAAAGAGGUCACCUUUGGCUCUUCCGAGAUGCCGGGACAAAUGAUGGGCUUCUGGUUAACCAAACGGAACUGUUUGUGCCCUCUCUCAAUGUGGAUGGACAGCCUAUUUUUGCCAACAUCACACUACCAGCCCUGCAGUGGGGCUUCCUCAGCUGGGUUCUGCUCGUCGGUGGUCGUCGGUGUGGCCGUUCUCUCCUGGCAGUGUAUACCCUGAAAGAGCGAUGCCUUCAGGUGGUGCGAAGCCUAGUGAAGCCUGAGGACUACAGGAGGCUGGACAUUGCGAGGUCACUCUAUGAAGACCUGGAAGACCACCCGAAUGUGCAAAAAGACCUGGAGCGGCUGACAAGGGAGCAUAUUGAAAAUCAGCAGAUGGCGGAGGAGGCUGAAGAUUUUCAUGUGCCCUUCUGAGUCUUCGCUUUUGGUGGAACUGACUAGUCUUGAUCUAGAUACAGGACUGGUCGCUUCUUCUCAGUGUCAAGGUGUCUCAUUCUAGCAGUAAAAUAAUGCCCCUCUCUUAAAAGAAAGUUAACUGCCUUCCCUAGGUAUGGUGAUGAUUAGGGGCAAGUAUCAGAAAACGUAAUGCCCGCCCUCUUUAGAAGUGCGUAUAAAGGGAAAGUACCUGUAUUUCUGCCUCUUAGUGAGUCAGGCGAGUUUCUGUGUAAGAACCGUUGUGUAAAUAAUUCAGUGAGAAUUGCAGCAUAUUCUUUGAUUGUAAGAGAGCAGUGGCAUCUGCUUUAAUUGCUGUACUGUGGUUGGUGACGUGUCUGCCUCCCUCCUGAGAAGAAUGAGAUGUCCCUGAGGCCGGGACAAACCUGUCUCCUCUUUGAGACCCCAGUGCCUCUCACACUGUGCACCUUCACCAGUGUUUGUUGAGUGAACACACAAGUGGAUGCUUUGGUAGCACAUGUUGGAGGGUUUGCCCAUUUCUCAGGGGGGUGGGAAACAGGGGACCUUAGAGUGUAUACAGCAAAUAGACGUUCUAAAGGGAAUCAUUCUGUGCCUGCUUCGGCAGCACGUGUGCUAAAAUACGAGCGAGCUCCCAGGGGAGACUAGCACGGCCCCCGCACAAGGAGUCGGGCAGCCUGGUGAAGCGCUCUGUGCUUUGUGCCGUGGCCCGCGGGCGUCCUCACAGCCGUUGCUCGGCUGGAAGAAACACGAGUCCAAGCACAGCAUGUGGCCUCAGUAGCAAAACCGUGACUUUUCACUAUAAACAUGUUCGUGUGAGGCGCUCUGUGAAAUGAGAACAAAGUUGAGCCGUACCUGGGGUAUUUGUGCCAAUAUCUUAACUUGCAUUUCCCUCAUGAACAUUAAACAUUCUGAAAUGGAGUUAUUUAAAAAAGGGGGGAUCAUUUUUAUAGAAAGUACUUUCUAUAAUUUUCUAAUAUUCGUACUUCUCUCUGGUCCCUGUUGUUACAGUGCUGUUUUACUUUUGUUUGUAAACCAGGGUUAGGUUCUUACUGUUACUGUGAUGAUAGCUUUUCUGAAAUUUGACAUCUGCACAGAAGAUAGGAGGAAAUAGCUGUCCUCCUGUUUAACUCUGGUAUUAAGGAGAGACUAGUGUACCAUUAGCAGGUUGUUGCCAAGUGUGGCUAUUUGUGUUCCUUUUUGUAAACCCAUGGCAUCCUGUUUGGUUCAGCAUUUUUCACCAGGCAGGAUUUGGUGACCUGGCUGGAGGUCACUUUGCACCUGGCGGGAGGAGAGGCUGAAUCCCACUGUAAGCUCUGGGAAGUUCCUGCUCACACGCAGUGGAUUCAGGGAGGGGCCUGGGCUGUUUCACAGUUUCAUAGAUGUGCAGACGCUUUCUUACAUGCCAGGCUUAAAUCCAUUCAGUACUCUGUCAGGCUUCCUUUUUGGUAACAGUGACAGAAAAAUUCAGUAGAGAAAAUGUUGGAAAGGAUAGAAAAGUAAGAGGAAGAAAAAGAUCACUGUAGAUACACUACCUAAACACAAUCAUUAACAUUCAAUUCAAACUUAACAUUUUGAAUUUUCAACCUUUUUUAGGGUUAUUCUGGUUGGUGUUUUUUGACAGAGUUGAUAUACUGUGCAUAUAGUUUUGUAUUCUGUGUAACUUUGUAACUUAAAUAUCUUCUCAUGACACGUUUUUCAGUCUCCAUAAACAUCAGCACAAUCUUUCUUUUGUGAAUAAUGUUGGGACAUUUCUUGGCAUCUUGGGCCUCUCAUGCUAACCCUCGGUCUCAUGAACCAGUGCCCCACACUUGUCUCGUCACUGCUUUAAGUUUCACCCGGUCUGGUUCCGUCUCCACAGUCAGCAGACUGGUUGGCUCUUUCUUGUUUUAAAGCACGUUGUAGCCCUCAUUCGGUGGUCUACCUCUAAGUGUGUCAAUGUUUGUGUGAAAUAGUUGGGCAGGGAAGAAGAAAUGCUGGUGCAGGAGGCAGCUGUCCGAGCUCCGGAGUGGGGUGGGCUGGGGAUUAUGAAAUCUGCUGGUGCUGGAUUAGUUCAGUGUUGGUUUUACUUUGUUUUUAACCUGUGUUGUGUCAAAAUGAGAUUUCAUGUUCUUCUUGUUAAAACAUGCAGUUUGAGCACUGUUUUUGUGUUGUCCAAGGAAGAUUGAAAACCUGUAGCAUGAGUGAUAUGUUUUUCACUUGAAGUCUCAAGAAUGUAUUAAAUAUAUUAAGAAACUG